GGAGGUGAGGGGCCAGGCUGAACCUCUCAAAGCGCCGGGGAGCGGGCGAGAACCCGUAGGGAGGAGUCGCGGCUCUCCAGUCGGCGCGGACCUGUGUUCCCCAGCGUCGGUUCCUGGGCUAGCGGACUCGGGGAGCCGGUCCCCACCCUGGGCGGACUUCGGAAUUGAUCCUGGACUGCCGGGCGCCGCACCUGGCGCCACACCGGGCGGUUUUCCGCGGGGCCGGAGCCCCAGCAGCUCUGCCAGCGAGAAUGCACGCGCUGCCCAGCCUGGACGCGCCCCGGAUGGAGCGGCUUCUGCCGCGGCGAUCGGACGCGGCGGUGCCGGCGCGCAGGAGCGCGGUGGAGAGGCUGGCCGCUGACCGCGCCAAGUACGUCCGAGGCCUGCCGGGGGCAGCCGGGGAUCCUGCUCCCGAGGGCAGCAGCCCUGGGACCGGUGAAGGGCCGGUGGUCGACCCUCGGCCCCCGGCUUGCGCCCCUGGUGCCGUGGCACGCAGGACAAUAGCGCGGAAGCCGCUGAGGCCGGAUUCGCUGGUCAUGUACCGGCAGAAGUGCGAGUUCGUGCGCGGGCCGAGCACCGACAGCUUCGGGGGCGGCCUGGUGAGAAAGCUCCUGCCCGGGUCAGGCAAGGAGAAGACGUCGGCGCCCCCCGAGAAGUCCGCGGCGGGAGGAGAGGCCAUGGCCAGGGGAGAGGAGGCGGCUCCAACCAAGCCCAACCCCGCAGUGGCCCCUGGUCCCCCCGAGCGCCCCUGCGUCGCAGCAGCAACCACGGCGCGCCCAUGCGUCCCGGCAGCGACCCCGGCGCCCCCAGCGCGUCCCAGCGUCCCGGCAGCGGCCCCGGCGCCCCCAGCGCGUCCCAGCGUCCCGGCAGCGGCCCCGGAGCCCCCAGCGCGUCCCAGCGUCCCGGCAGCGACCCCGGCGCCCCCAGCGCGUCCCAGCGUCCCGGCAGCGGCCCCGGCGCCCCCAGCGCGUCCCAGCGUCCCGGCAGCGGCCCCGGCGCCCCCAGCGCGUCCCAGCGUCCCGGCAGCGGCUCCGGCGCCCCCAGCGCGUCCCAGCGUCCCGGCAGCGACCCCGGCGCCCCCAGAGCGUCCCAGCGUCCCGGCAGCGACCCCCGUGCCUCCAGUGCGCCACAGGGGUCCGGCCGGGCCCGGCAGCCCAGAGCCGCGAGUGACCAGGCGCAGGGGGCUGCAGCGCUCGCAGUCAGACCUCAGCUCCCGCUACUCCAUGUCCGCGGCGGAAUUCGACAACUUCUUCCAGUUCUGCGGCCUGGAGCCCGAGGUGGUGGAGGCGCUCGGGAGGGAGAACUUCUCCGCGGGCUCGGACCGCCUCGCCCUAAAGAUUCGCAGCGUGAGCAUGGCCACCUCCGACAGCGGCUUCUCCCGGCACAGCGGCAGCGACGAGGGGCUGCAGGAGGAGGAGCUGAUGGAGCAGCUGCCCAGCUCCACCUCGGUCGUGGAGAGGAACGCCCGCAUCAUCAAGUGGCUGUACACCUGUAAGAAGGCCAAGGAGACCCUGGGCCCGCGGCUGCAGGGCCUGGCGUGACCGCUGCGCCCGGAGCUCGGGACCCAAGGGAUCGAGCCUUUCCAACAGCAGGGACCCCUGAAGCAUGUCCCAGAUGAUCGGAGACCCCAGGACCACACUGCCUGCCGCAGGCUUUGUCCAGCACACCCUGGUGACCACAAGGAACCCACUGCAGGAGCUGGAGUAACUUCAGAAAGUCUGGAGCUGAGAAACCGAGAAUUAACUGGGUGAUUGCAGCCACCGCCCAGCCGAAGCUCCAGGAGGUGCUUCCUUGUUGGGGUGGCCCCGCCCCGGCCUCCGGCGGGCAGUGGACAGGACAGUGGGGGUGGGGGAGGGAUAUGUUCAGGGGCAUCGUUUUGCCUGGUUUACAAAGAGGCACCAGGAUGCAUUUUAACCGUAUCGAGAUUAAUUUUUAAAAGGAAGAAAGGCAAAGAGCAGGAGAACCAAGCAUGCCGUGGUGUUUACUGCCUUCAGUCAUCUUGGGCCAUCGGCACCAUCACAUUGGCGUUCUGGACCCACGAGGAGGUGUGGUGCUGGGCACGCACACAGACACUCCUCGGCGUCACCGCCGCCAACCAGGCCCUGGGGUGACACAGCACUUUCAAAAUCACUGGAGAGCUGCCCGGCCUUCCACUAAUGCCACUCCCAUUGGGCGGCAGACCGUGCAAAAACUGGGAAAAGACGGGAGUUGAGAUGCUGCUAAAAACACUUUGCUGGUACCUGGGCAGUUUUUUGAGAGGCGGCAGGAGCUCCAUCAGUGCCCUCAGCAGCGUCUGUCUGUCCACGGCUGUCUGGAAGCUCCGAGAAGGGGCGGGGGCCCUGGCUCCAGGGCACCGGCCUGCCCUGCGCAUGUCACCCAGCCCUCCCUCCGAGGCGGUGCCGGGCACCCUGCGGGCAAAGGGCGUGUUGCAGGGGAGGGCAGGUGCUUGCAGAUAAGGAGUCCCCGGGGUCCGACCGAGCCGUCCGGGCACACAGAGGGAGGCACCAGCCUUCGGGUCAGAGCCUUGGGCGAGAGUGUCUGUCGCCGCGGGCCACCCCAGAGAGACUGUCACCCGCCCAGUGCCGCCAGACUCUGGGUUUUAUCAAAACACAUCUCCUCCUGAGCAAAUUUAUUAGAGGGAAGAAUAUGGGCAGGAGAGAAAUGCGUUUCUCAAUGGUAAAAUAUUUUUGAACCAACUCAUUUUGUUAUAUUUGUGUAUGUUUUUAAUGUUGAAUUCUGGUUUUGUAAGUUUUACUAUGAAAGUAGGUCUUUGAGUUACUUAAAUAUUUAUUUUCACACA